AUUGUUCUUCAUAUACUGCUGUGCCUCCUCGUUUUCUACACAGUGUAUUACAUGACUGGAAGCAUUUGUUGUGGAGCAUUCAGGCUCAACAACUUUGGCAUGCUUAUCCCUUUUGAAUUCAACAUGGAACCAUCUUAUUCAAAUCCCAAAUAUCUGGCAAACGUGCUGUCGAUGGAGACCACCUUUCUGAUCAGUGGCCUCCUCUUCGCUGUGCUACUGAAACGCUGGGUCUGGGAUUAUACCAUCACUGUUACCAUGGUCCAUGUGCUCUUGACUGUUGCAGCCAGCGGCCUCUUCAUCAUGAUUUGCAGCGGAGAACUCGUGACUUACCUUGCCUGCUCCAACACAGACAGCCUUCUUUAAGAUCAAAGCGGCCUCACUUCUUCACAUCAACACACAGCGCAAGGCACUCCCUGCUCAUCGGAAAGGGACCAUGGAGCAUGCAAAAGGUCCCAGUUUCUAUUUCAAGCUUCUCCAGUUAAAUCAGGGGUGAGGAUCCUGCAGACUUCUAGCUGUUAUUGGAUUACAAAUCCCAUCAGCCACAGCCAGCAUUGUCAAUAGUCAGAGAUUGGGGGAAUUUGAGUCCAACACUUGGAGCAUCACAGGUUUUCCAUUCCAAAGUUAAAUGAAUCCCAGGUGGAAGGGAAUGUGAAGGACCACUGCCAGAGACCCUAGAAUAGAGAAUGCUGACCUAGAUGGACAUAUAGUCUGAUUUUGGCAGUGUAUGGCAGAUUCUUCCAGCGUUCCAUUUGAAAAAGACAGGCUGACAAGGGUGCCUAAGCAGACGGCAGCAUUUAGCUGUUAAUCAAUUACAAAUAUCAGCUUACAAUGUGGCCUUGAUGAAACAAACAAAUUGCUAAUUUUAGAAAAUAUUUUAAAUACCUUACAAAAACUGCAGAGGGCAAGCACCAUCUAAUAUAGGCACUUCUUCCAGUGCAAGAAGGGAGGUGCCUCUGGAGUCUAUGGUGUCAUCUGCUGCAACACACAUACUGAAACAAUGAAUGUUUCCUCCCCCUUAGUAAUACUGUUUUUGUUUAACUCUAUGUAAUAUCAUUGUCUUUUGUUUAUUAAAACAUUUAUAUCCUGCUGAUACAAAACAACUACUCAGGACUGCUUACAACAUAUAUACUAAUGGGGUCUGUACUGGCAAUAACUGACCAGGAAUGAGAUCUUGGGGUUGUAUUGGAUAGCUCAACAGAAACGUGGGGCAGCUGUGGAAAGUGGCAA